AUGCCGGAACACGAAGAAUCAAGGAAAAGCAAAACAAAUGAUGAUGGAAAAAUAGAUGAAUUUUAUAUACAAAAGGAAAUUGAUAAAUUAAAUAUAGACAAGUUGAUUCAACCAGAACAAAAUAAUGCACUCAAGAGAGUUAUAAAAACAGACAGAAAGAUAAUCAUACAUUUGGACAAUAAAAUAAGCAAAUUACAAAAAUCAUGUCAGUAUGGAAAACAAGUAUCCAAAAUUAUCAACUUCAAAGCAGAGGGUCUCAGCACUAUUUCACUUAAAGAAAAACUCAAAUUAAUUUUGGAAACAUUAUCUCAGCAGUUUCCCGAGGGGGAUACAUCAGGAAAUGAAGUUGGAGAAGUGGAAGAGGUUGGAGAAGUGGAAGAGGUUGGAGAAGUGGAAGAGGUUGGAGAAGUGGAAGAGGUUGGAGAAGUGGAAGAGGUUGGAGAAGUGGAAGAGGUUGGAGAAGUGGAAGAGGUUGGAGAAGUGGGAGAGGUUGGAGAAGUGGGAGAGGUUGGAGAAUUGGGAGAGGUUGGAGACGUGGGAGAGGUUGGAGACGUGGGUUUGAUCGACAGUGGGGAGGGUGGCCAAAUGAAUGCAGGGAAACGAGCAGAGGAAAAAAGGAAACGCUUAAGUUUCACGAAACUGUCAAAGUACUUCAGCAUAGAGACACUUCCACUCUGUCCUAUUAACUAUGAAACCAUACCGAUGAAUCUAUUUCUGACAAAAGAGUGCACAUUUAGAAUACAGAGAAAGGAACAAAAAGCUUACAGUAGAAGUAAGCAAACCACCAACAGCCCAUAUAGGAAGCUAAAAGAUUUCGAGUGCAACAAUGAGCCUGAAAUUAAAUUGGAAACAUAUGAACAAUCAAUGAAAUUAAAAGAUAAAUUAAAACAAAUUGAAAAAAUAAAAAAAAAUGUUCAUUUUUUAAAUUUUAUUAUUGAUUGUGAUCCGGUAAAUGGAUAUAAUGAAACAACUUUUCGUUUAUUUUUAAUAACUUUGUUAGUUUCUAAAGGUCACGUAGAAUUUUAUAAAGAUGUAAAUAAAGUGUUAUGUAUAAAAACCAGUGAAAUGUUUAGACACUCUGAAGAGGAUUACAAUAACAGCCAUUCAUCACUACAUCCUGAAACGAAAUUUGCACAAAAAAAAAACCAGGCCUUACUUACUGCAUGGUCAUACCACAAGUGGGAGAAAUUGACAAAUCAGAUGAAACACUCGAAUGGCAUCAACCCAGGAUAA